AUGAUAUCAUAUCUGGAUGCAGGCAUAUACUGUGACAGUUCGUUCACCUCCAAUCCGUCUGCGCGUGACUUUUAUUCAGCAUGGGAUGGUAUCAAGACCUUGCUUAAGAGGGAGCUUGUUGAAUGCAUUGGUAGGGCACCUAAAAUGUACUUUUUAACGGAAUCCGGAAAAAAAAUGGCCCAGUUGAUUAUAGAGCAAGAAGGCAUUGAGUCGGCGCCAACAGAUGAAGUAGACUUCUCUUUUGAUAAUGGAAUACGCAUCAGCUCCGACUCGCCAUGUAUGGGCUCUGAGGGAUUGUUUGUCUCUGACUCAAUAGUGGAAAAAGGUCAUGAUGCCGCUAAUAAAACCGUCAACGGCAUCAGCUACGAUAUUUGGGUACCCGGAGAUUUUGAUAUUGUUUUGCUUGUUGAUAAUCGAGAGAUUAGGUCACAGAAUGAACGAGACUUUUUCCAAAGGCGCAUAACAGAGAAGGACGUUGAGUGUGAUGUGCGGUCCUUGUCUGUGGGAGAUAUCUUGUGGGUGGCAAAACAUAAAACAACUGGAAAAGAGGUUGCCCUAAAUUAUGUCUGCGAGAGAAAGAGGUUAGAUGAUUUGGCUAUGUCGAUACGAGAUGGGAGAUUUCUCAGAACAGAAAAAUAG